GCGUCCUCCACCGUUGGAUCUAGGUCACCCGGACCACCUACAGCCCUAUAAAAGCUCUUCUUUCUCCCCAGCCCUCACUUCCCUUCGGCGCCGCCUCGUUACAGACAGCGGGAGCGAAAGAGCAAGCGGCGAGAGAACUCCGGGAGAGGGCGGCGAGAUGGUGCAGCGGCUGACAUACCGAAAGCGCCACAGCUACGCCACCAAGUCGAAUCAGACUCGCGUCGUCAAGACCCCAGGUGGGAAGCUUGUCUACCAGUACACCAAGAAGCGGGCGAGUGGGCCAAAAUGCCCGGUUACCGGCAAGAAGAUCCAAGGAAUCCCACACCUGAGGCCUACUGAGUACAAGAGGUCCAGAUUGUCGAGGAACAGGAGGACUGUGAACCGUCCUUAUGGUGGUGUUCUGUCUGGUCCUGCAGUCAGGGAGAGGAUCAUUAGGGCGUUUUUGGUGGAGGAGCAGAAGAUUGUGAAGAAGGUGCUUAAGAUCCAGAAGACCAAGGAGAAGACCACCAAGAGCUAAACAACUGGGCGAGAUAGGCGUCGCGGUGAUGUUUUGUGUUUCUCCGAAUUUGUUUUAAGCAAUCAAGAAUUUUCUCUCUUGGGAUUUGCAGAAUCCUGGUUCUAGUAUGUGAGGUUUGAUGUGCUUCUCUAGAUUUUGCGCCUGGUUCUCUAUGGAUGCUUAGCCUUUGAUGCAAGAGCUUUCGGGCUCCAAUUCGGCUUAGAUGCUCUUGAGCUGCUUAGCUCAGUUAACGCUGUCAGGCUUUAUUUGUCACACGAGAACAGUUUGCUGCGCCC